AUGGUUGAAGAUAUUAAUUACAUAUGGGGCACGAAAAAUGGGGGGAGUAUUGGUGAGAAUGAUGGUGACAAAGUUUGUUGGAAGAAGAAAUCAAAAUUCUUUGAUCUCGAGUAUUGGAAAUACCUUCCUGUGAAGCAUGUCAUAGAUGUUAUGCAUAUUGAGAAGAAUAUUUGCGAUAGUAUCAUUGGUACAUUGCUGGAGAUCCCUGGAAAAAAUAAAGAUGGGAUUGCUGUUCGAUUAGAUUUAUUGAACAAGGGAGUCAAAACUGAUUUGCAACCCGAGUAUGGAGAAAGACGUACUUGCUUGCCUCCAAGGCCUUGGAAUUUGUCAAGAGCAGAGAAGAGAGCGGAUUCAAGACUUCUUAGCCUUAAAUCUCAUGAUUGUCAUACCUUGGUGCAACAAUUGCUCCCUGAGGCAAUUCGUUCUGUUUUGAAGCAGCCUGCAAGAUAUAUGAAAGUGCUAAAGGGGUAUGUUCAGAACCAUACUAGUCCCGAAUGUUGCAUUGCUGAGCAGUAUAUAGCUGAAGAAGCUGUAGAGUUUUGCACCGAGUAUUUAUCUAAUGUUAGGACAGUUGGAGUGCCAUCAAGCCACAACUUAGUUGAUCGGGACUUGUUGAACCAGGCACAUCUAUUUGUCUUGGAGAAUACGGAUGAAGUCCUACUCAUAUCGAGGAACAUAUGA